CUAGCCUAUCGUGGCUGUAUCCUUGGAAACUACCCGGAGAACAUACUCAUGCCUGGUGAGAGACGUGCAACACUUGCAAAGAGCAAAGGCAUACACAAUCUCUCUCUCCAUGAGCAGCGCAUCCUUGCAAAUGCCCUCAAGGAUGAUGUCCUCACCGUCAAAUCUGUUGCAGUAGAUGCCCGCAAAACUCUCAUGGCCUCGCGUGACCCCGUCAUUGUUGGAGAAGCGCCCCUCGCAGAUUCUCCUCACACUUGUGGGCGACGAGGGUUUGCCAAUGGGAAGAUCGAUAGACUGUGGCUCGACCCGUCUGCGCGGCGCUUCUCCUCCAAAAUCUCAUGCCACAACAUCUAA